GACAAAGAUCACCCGCGCUCCACUGCAUCGCCCCGAGGACAAUGGCCAGGUCUCCUGCACUGCUCCUCCUGCUCAGCCUGGGGCUCUGCUGCAACGUCACCCAGGGACAGAGGAACAUGAUGGCAGUCAGAUUCUUCAACAGGAACAUGAAGCACCCCCAGGAAGGACAGCGACUUGAGCUGGAGUGCAUGCCUUACGACAGAGGUACAGGUAUCUACUGGAUCCAUCUAGACAAGGAUUGGAACCUUCACUUCAUUGUUUCCAGUACCCCUGUCUCCAGGAACACCUUCCAAGGGAACAAGAGAACAUCUCCACAGUUUGAAGCACUCUGGACAGGAAAAAUCUAUCUGCUGGUGGUGAAGAACUUCACAACCCAGGAUGAGGGGAUCUAUUUCUGCACAAGCAACAUCAACCAGGUGCUGCACUUCAGCUCGGGACAACCCGCCUUCUUCCCAGGUCAGCAACAGCUUCACCCACCUCGCUCACGCCCAGAUCCCCUGCCCAUGCCUUCUCAAUCCAGCCCAUCACCCACAUUCCCCAUGGCCCUGCUUCUUUACCCAAGCCGUCUCAUCACACAGGCACUGCUCCUCCUCAGAGAGCCUCCCUGCCCACCAGCUCUGCUCAUGGUACCAACCCUGCCCAAACACACAGGAGGUCGUGCAGCCCAGCAGCACCUCCCCAUCCCAUCAGCACCUCUCAGGGAUGAGAGUUACAAAGUGUGCAGCCACCCCAGCCUUUCUCACCUCACAUGGACCUCUACAUUCUGACAGCCCCCAUAUGCUUACAGCACCUCAAAAAGAAACUCAGAAAUCCCUGUGACUCGCAGGAUGUGUUUUAUAACAGUGAUAACAAAGAGCUCACACAUACUGACGGGGCUGAUAAGAAAUUAGGAGCCCAAAUCCUUCUGUUUCCAGGGCUGGGCAGCAUGUGAAAGCAUCGCUGUUCAUAGCAGACCCUAUAAAAGUUCUUCCUGUGCCCGCGGCAUCCUGGCAUGUAUACAAGGAAGCUCUUCUGUUGUACCUCUCUGUAUUCACUUAUUUCUUCUUUCUGGUCGCAACUACAGCAGCACCCACCACCCAGAGCAGCCAGGCCACCAAGGACAACUCACAACAGGGCCUGGAUGCAG